AUGAGGCCUGAGAACCAGAGCAGCGUGUCCCAGUUCCUCCUCCUGGGGCUCCCCAUCCCGCCAUGGCAGCAGGGCGUGUUCUUCACCCUGUUCCUGGGCAUGUACCUGACCACGGUGCUGGGCAACCUGCUCAUCAUCCUGCUCAUCAGGCUGGACCCUCGCCUGCACACGCCCAUGUACUUCUUCCUCAGCCACCUGGCCUUCUCUGACCUUUCUCUCUCCUCUGUCACUGUCCCUAAGAUGCUCAGGAACAUGCAGACUCAGCAACAAUCUAUCCCCUAUGUGGGAUGCAUUUCUCAGUUGUAUUUUUUCAUACUUUUUGGUUCUCUUGACAACUUCCUUUUGGCUGUGAUGGCAUAUGACAGGUACGUGGCCAUCUGUCACCCUCUGCACUAUUCCACAAUCAUGAGUCAGGCACUGUGCAUGUUGCUGGUGGCUGGCUCCUGGAUGGUUGCCUGUGUUCAUGCUCUUUUUCAUACCCUCCUCUUGGUCCCACUCAUGAGGCCUGAGAACCAGAGCAGCGUGUCCCAGUUCCUCCUCCUGGGGCUCCCUAUCCCGCCAGGGCAGCAGGGCGUGUUCUUCACCCUGUUCCUGGGCAUGUACCUGACCACGGUGCUGGGCAACCUGCUCAUCAUCCUGCUCAUCAGGCUGGACUCUCGCCUGCACACGCCCAUGUACUUCUUCCUCAGCCACCUGGCCUUCUCUGAUGUCUCCUUUUCAUCUGUCACUGUCCCUAAGAUGCUCAUGAACAUACAGAUUCAGCACCUCCGCAUUUCUUACCCAGGGUGUAUUUCACAGAUGUAUUUUUAUAUACUUUUUGGUUGUGUUGAUAAUCUCCUUCUGGCAGUGAUGGCAUAUGACAGGUACGUGGCCAUUUGUCACCCUCUACACUACACCAUCAUCAUGAGGGAGGGGCUGUGUGUGCUAUUGGUGGCUGGCUCCUGGAUUCUCUCCUGUAGCAGUGCCCUGUUGCAUACCCUCCUCUUGGUCCGGCUAUCCUUCUGUGCUGACAACAUCAUUCGGCACUUUUUCUGUAGCCUCCCUAGUCUACUCAAGCUGUCUUGUUCAAACACCUCUGUCAAUGAGCUGGUCAUAUUCACUGCAGGGGCUGUAGUUGUCAUUUUUCCAUUGAGUGGCAUCCUGACCUCCUAUGGCCACAUUGCAGCUUCCAUCCUGAGGGUCCCCUCUACCAAAGGGAUCUGCAAAGCCUUGUCCACCUGUGGCUCCCAUCUGUGUGUGGUGUCUCUCUUCUAUGGAACAAUUAUGGUUCUGUACUUUUCCUCCUCAUCAAACAACUCCAAUGACAAAGACAUGAUUGCCUCUCUGAUGUAUACAGUGGUGACCCCCAUGCUGAACCCCUUCAUCUAUAGCCUGAGAAACAAAGACAUGAAAUUGGCUCUGGGGAUUCUCUUCAGAAACAGUGUCCUUGUUGCCAAGUGA